AUGGGAUCGGCCCGCAAGCACGACAAAGCUAGAGGCAAGGAUAAAGAGAGUAAAGCAACGGCGGUACAUCCAGUACCAUUCAUACCAAAAGUGAUAGGUUGUCCUGUACCAGCUCCUAUAAGUUGCUUCGUAGGAGAACCUUUACCAAAAGGAGAAGAUGGUGUGAAAAUGGAAUGUUCAAACGAGAAGUGUCCAUUCGCCGAUGCUUUGCUUCACCAAGAAUGUUUCGACGCGUUUGAGGAUCAUUUAGUGAAGGUGCUUAGCAACCUCGGUAUGUUUAUCGCGGGUCCUAUAGCUGUGCUAUAG